UUCUUAGCAAAAUAUAAGGACCACAGUAUUUGUUGCAAUAAACUCUUCGUUACAAUAAAUUUCGCUUUUUGCUCUGAACGCAAGAAAAAGUCAUGUAAUUUGUAGUUAUGUUAUGAGAACUUGCAUCUGGUAAAAUUUCAUGCUUUGAAAAUAUUUUACUUGCAUUUAUUGAGAAAAUUUUGAUCAAAGCAUGACAGAUGUUUUUCAGGUCGGAGCAGAAUUUCACAACAAUCUACAAGUUUAUGUAACAGCUGCCUGCAAGCACUUGCUUGUAAUUCAAGAAAACGUUGCACGACCGAAACAAGAAGGCGUAGUUAGUCAGACGUCAUUUGAUUGAAUCACUAAUUAACCGAGUUCAGUCAAUGUAAACAUGACAAUGGGAUGUUUAUUGCUGCUUUACUUGUCAUAGUUUGAAGUCAUUCUGCGACGACUGGCUGAGUUGAGCAACGAUAGAGGAGAGAAUGGGUUCGUUUUCAGGGUUUCUGAUUAUAGCAAAACUGCUUUGCGUAAUAUCAACAGCUUCAACCAACUCAUGCAAUGGGAUGCAAUGCUUUCUGCCAUCAAACUACGAUCGCAGAGUAAGACCUAGCCAUGGCAUUGGAAGUACUUUAGAAAUUGAGCUCAAUAUGCUUAUAGAAUCAUUUGGAAAUGUGGAUGUUGCAAAAAUGGAGUUUCAUACGUUUGGUUACUUAUCACAAAAAUGGACUGACAAAAGACUUGCUAGAGUGAAUGAAACACCACUGAUGUUGCAAGACAAAGAUGCCUCACUAAUUUGGCUGCCAGAUAUAUAUUGCAUUAAUUGCCGAGAGAGCAAUCUUGACAAUGGAAGGAAUGAGAAACAGGGAAUGGUGAAAAUUGACAAAGAAGGCCAAGUAUAUUUCAGUUUCCUAUUUGUUGGCAUUGCUACCUGUAAGAUGGAUCUGCAUGAAUUCCCAUUCGACUCUCAAGAAUGCAGUAUUGAACUGAGCAGCUAUGGCUACAACACAAGUCACGUCAGUUACAAAUGGUCCAAAGAUCCUUUUGUUAAGAUCAAGAGUAUGGAUCAGUUUACGCUGAUGAAUGAAAAAUCUUCCUCUAGAACUGAGAAAUAUCUACUUGGAAACUUCACAAUUUCUGAGGCAAAAUUCACCUUUAAACGAAGAGUUGGUUUCUACAUUCUCCAGCUGUAUAUUCCUUCCGCAAUGCUGGUUUGCCUUUCAUGGACGAUGUUUUGUUUGAAUCGAGUCCACUCUGGAGAGAGAAUCACAAUUGGUGUGACACUGUUCCUCACAAUGAUAUUUUUAAAUGGCUAUGCAAAUACCUCUUUGCCUAAAGUAUCAUACGUCAAGUCGGUUGAUUUGUUCAUGGUCGUUUCUUUAGCUGAGAUACUGCUCAUUAUAAUUGAAUCGAUAGUUGUUACAAUGCUCUUGGUGCAAAAGGAUAACAUGCUGGUCAGAGAAUUAUCAAGGAAAAGAACGAGAAACAUGAGCAGAACUGCAUGGGACGACGGCCACCAAGAAAUCAAGGAAAACUUAUUUCAGGAUAAUGCAGAGGAGAGCUGUAAGGUAGCAAUGAAAGCUGAAUCAUUGAGUGACAAGGUUGAAGUCGCACAGUCACAAAUACCUAAAACAGUGAGAAGAAAAUUAGUGGCCAAAUUAAUCGGGGCAGUAGACGCAUCCAAGAAUUCUAGCAAAUGCUGCGAUGGGAAAGUGGUCAUUGAAAAGAUUUCAGUUGUUCUUCUUCCGGCAUCAUACGUGGCAUUCAACGCCUGGUACUGGCAACAAUUCAUAUUUUGAAAUAUAACUGUGACAAAUGAAUAUCAAAAUCAAGAGAUACUUUUAGGUGUAAUCGUGGCUACAAAGGCACUUAGGAUACGAUGCCAGAAACUGCACAAGCUUACAUUCACCCAUCUAGUUUCUUUAUUAGACCAAAACUUACAGCACAACUUACAAUAUCAAGAUUGCUCACAUGAAAUAUUUAAUGCAACCUAACCUUAUUUCCCAGUACUGACAAUAUUGCGCUACUUUGUUUCCCUGUAAGCUUUUAGCAGUGCUCGUGCUUCUAUGCUAUUUAAACUAUUGUAUUAAGCUCUUAUAAAGUAUUCCCAAUACAGCCCCAAAUUCUAUCAAAUUCAUUCGCAAAUGAAGAGGGCAGGUUUUCCUAAUAUUCUAAACAGAUGUGGCAAUGAUACAUUAUGCAAUUUCAUAGCAAAUAACCUUUCAGUUUGCCUAAGCAGUAUGCAACGUAUAACUUUAGAUACCAGAAAAAUCUUCAGGAGGACUAGAGGAUACUGGUCGUCGAAUGUGAUACAAAAGUGUUCUUCCUACGAUUAAGUGAAUCUUCAAGACAACGUCUCAAAAUCACUUACAAAUGUUGUGUUUUUCCUUUCACCGUGCACACUCGCCACUUUAGAAUAUUUUAGCAAAUUUCUUGGUCAAGAAACAGGUGUCAUCAAACAAAAGUUAUUUGUCACGUUGAUAGAGACAGAGGGCUAAUAAAUUAUGUACUAGAAGUAUCUAAUACAGAUGAAAUGAAAGUGUCUACAAUUUAUCAAGUUGCUUUCACACGAGAUACACAUUAAAUGAGCUUUGAUUAUGCUUGUAGAUGACAUAACUGAUAAGCUAAAAGAUACCUAAUGGAGUUUAGGCUUCGAUUUGAAUCUAUUCAAGCCAUGAAUAAUGCAUGAAAUGUUUUCGACAACUUCAUACUUUUGGUAUUAUGGCCAAACAUGAUUUAACAAAAACCAAUAGAAAAAGCGUUUUCAAUCAGACUAGAGCACUUCGACCAGAAUUCAGUUAAACAUACUGUGAAAUAACGUUUUUUUUUUAAACCAAGGUUCUUCAAUAGUGAAAGUAUAAAUUAGCAACAACCAACGAUUACAACAUAACGACUUCUUUCAACGACAACUUCGACUCGACUGGACUUGCACUCAAAGAACAUACGCUUUUAACAACACUAGUGACGCACAUAAAACCCUAAUGACACAAAUUAACGGCAAAUGGACUAAUAACAACUAAAAUAGAGAUGGCACGAUGACAAACAAAAUGGACCGACGCAAACAUCGAAAGACAUCCUCAUUAACGAUAACGAACCACAAACACGAUGCACGACAGACAAAACAAGUUGUAUAACAUUACUCCCCCCUUUGAAAGACAAGCCUCCUGGCUUGAUCUCUCGAAGGGGAAGAAACAUAAAAGUAUUAUAAGGCAGCACGAAGAAUCAAAUCAAAUAAUUUUACUGAAAUGAGUAAAUCAAAUACCAUCUAAGAAAUAAUGUCCCUGUCCAAGUUUAUUCCGUCCAUACGGUUCUCUACCCGAGGCUAUAACAACAUUAUGUACACGUAAAGGUCCUUCUCUUCUUUUAGUGUCAAUCAAAUUUUUUCAUAUGUUGUGGCUAAUAAACCCUCGUCAACUUCCAUUGGUUUUGAAGAAAGCAGUCGCGUCACCAUUGGUCGUGAUAGUUUAUGUGACUCCAAUUCAUUGACAAUCUCCUCCAAUUUCUUAACUCGAGUUUGAAGAUCUUGAAAGUGUGGCUCAUUUCUUUUGAUGUUGCCAAUAAAGGUAACCCGAGGUCGCUCUUCAGCUACCGAGGCAACAAUCACAGGUUCAUUUUGAUCACACUUCUCCUGGGAUGCUAAAGAAAAUUUCCUGUCCCUACAAUAUUUGGCAACGUGACCAACGCGCAAACAACAAUAGCAAAUGGGCUGGCCAUCUUCAGCACGAUAGACAUUAGUUCGAUUCACGAAGAAAUUUCUCCCAUUCUCCUCUGCCAACCUCACCCUUUCGGCCAUGUGAGAUACAACGGUCUUUAUAAUAUCCAACAGAACUUCUCUGAAUUGUUCUGUUGAAAUCAUUUCCAUUUUUUUUUGCGAAUUCGUCACGUCGUGGUCACCAAUGUGAAAUAACGUUUUUUUUUUAAACCAAGGUUCUUCAAUAGUGAAAGUAUAAAUUAGCAACAACCAACGAUUACAACAUAACGACUUCUUUCAACGACAACUUCGACUCGACUGGACUUGCACUCAAAGAACAUACGCUUUUAACAACAUGAGUGACGCACACAAAACCCUAGUGACACAAAUUAACGGCAAAUGGACUAAUAACAACUAAAAUAGAGAUGGCACGAUGACAAACAAAAUGGACCGACGCAAACAUCGAAAGACAUCCUCAUUAACGAUAACGAACCACAAACACGAUGCACG